ACUAAACUUCCUCUCUGAACACUACACAUGUCGACAAAUAUCCCACGUCACAAACGACGAUGGAAGCCGUCCCUUCCAAACUUACCUCUAUCGAGGACUUGAAAGCUCAACCAUCAUUAUGGUACAAAAUCCAUGUGCUUGUUUAUGAUCUUCGAAACUUCCAAGAGAAUCCCAUGGCUCAGGCACGACAUGAUGCAGUUGAAGAUUUAUUAUAUAUUGGGGCGCCAUACUUUGACCCGGUUGAAGUACAGCAACUAAAGGCCAGCAUCGUAGAUGCUACAAAUAGCAAAUCUUUGGAAAUGCUCCUUGAAGAUACCUUGAGAGAACUUCUGGAGAGAAGAAUGAAAAAAAGGGUUGAUAGCGGGGAUUAUCGCGUCUGCGCUGCACACGACAUCGCACCAAUCUUUGAGAAAGCUUUCAGCAUCAAGCCAAACGAUUUGCAAACGAACAUUGACUUUCUUGCCCUCUUAGAAAGCUGCAAAUUAGAGCCCAAGGGUAUUGACAACUGGACAGGGCUGCUAAAAAAAUCCUUCAAGCUGAACAACAAACACAAGAAACGUUAAAAACCUCCAUUUGUUAUUUUCUUCGGCCUCUCAAACACCUCCCUUAGCCGCCUGUCAUAUUCGCUCUUCUGCUGGAUCUUACCAACGACGAAUUCCUGGCUUUCCGAACACCAAUAUGAAGAAACAAUACGCUCAAAGUUACUAUCAGCGAAAUGAUCCGCAAAUCUAGGCUGGAGAUGUUGGAUGAAAAUGCCAUAUAGCCCUGAGAUACU